AUGACGGGGCUUCCAUUAAAUUCACUUGAUGCAUUGAAAGACGGAAACGAAGAACCUGGAAAACCUGCCCUUUUCCGCCCGUAUGCCCUGCCUCCCACCCCCAGUCCCCGGUACUACGACCCUAGGAACCUCCCCUCCAUCACCCAUCAAGUGAUAUGGGCCCCGUAUGUUGAGCCUAUCCUGUCCAAUAGAAGAAGUACAAUAGGCGGAAGUAAACCCAAAGUUGCCACGCCCACUGUAGUGAUGAAGAUCGAGGAAUAUAAGAAUGCAAACCCGACAAUUUUUGCAUGGGAGAUCAAAGAAAAACUACUCAAAGAAGGUGUUUGUACACAGAGUAAUCUACCCAGUGUCAGCUCCAUCAACAGAAUUCUCAGGAACAGGGCAGCAGACAAAACAGCGAUGGCUUAUGCUAGAAUGUUUAAUUCUUCUCUCUACCCGUUUCCACCCCCUGCCCUGCCACUGUGGGGCUCAAUGUUUCCCCUUUCGGAUCCCCCGACCCAUUAUAGACAACCACAGAAUUCACUGGACCACACGACAGUAUUCAAAGCUUCAAAUGAAUUCCAAAGUCAGCAAGAGGAAGAAGAGGAUAUCGAGACCAGGUCAAAUGAUACAUGCACUUCAAAAGACGAAGAAUCUGGAACCUCCAUUUCCAAACUCCGACGAAACAGGACUACCUUCAGUUCUGAGCAGCUCGAUCUUCUAGAACGGUCAUUCCAGAAAGCCCAUUACCCGGGGGUUCAAACCAGAGAGGAGCUCGCAACCAGAACUAAUCUAUCAGAGGCAAGAGUUCAGGUUUGGUUUUCAAACAGACGAGCAAAGUGGAGAAGAAACCAAAGGUUUAGUUUUCUAAAACAGACGAGCUUUCCUGUAUUUUCUCCGUUCCAGGCAGUACCAGUACCACAUACUCCCAGGUUCGUCAACCUUUCCAUGGAAGACAGAGUACCGGACCCAACAGGGAAUUCUCAACACAGCCAAAAAUUGGAUCUGAUAGGAAGCAAAGAUUCGGCAUUCACAAGACUGAACAUUCGAGAGGAGAGAAAAUCUGUGUGAAUGAUGACUUCAUACCAAAUACCUUAUAAUGAUCUCAUCCAAAUUCUAGUUCGUUUCGAACGAAACUGUUAUAUGAUCCUAAUAAAAGGCUCAAAGAAACAGGCUGGUUAUGUGCAAUAAAACACGAAUUCAUUGUA